CACCGCGCUGCGCCCAGCGCCCCGGACUCCGUGGCUCCGCCGACUCGGGGGAGCUGGCCUGGGGCGUCGCCCUCUGGGAGGCCCUGGGACCCGCGGGGCGGCAGCAGCGGGAUGGGCCUGAGCCCCGCCGCCGGGGGCGAUUGCGGGCGCCGCUUCCCUAGGUUCCCCCGGCCCCGCCUCAAAGCCGCGUCGAGAACCGCGAGUAUUCGGCCAAAUGACAGUCAGCCUGCUCCGGGACAUUCAGCUGUGCCCCAGUCGGGUCGCCACAGGAAUGAGGCUCCCCUUCACCGAGCCACCACGCCCCGGCCUGGAACCCCCCUGGAUCGUUCCCCCUGUCCCAGCCGGCCAUCGGACCCCCAGCAAGAAGACUCUAUGGGCUCUCACGCGUUGGUCCAGCUCAUGCCCAAGCAGCCACAGCCGGGCACUUUAGAACAGAGCAGAAGCAGCGUCCAGCAAGGGGAGAAGCCUAUGGUUAACUUGGAGCCCACGCCCAAGCAGACGAGAGCAGAGUGGAACUCGACCCCAAAGCCUGGCAGUGCAGGCAGAUUAACAAAGCAAGCCGCGGAGGGCAAACCAAGACCCAGACCCGGAGACCUGAUUGAGAUUUUUCGAAUUGGCUAUGAGCACUGGGCCAUCUAUGUGGAAGAUGACUGUGUGGUCCACCUGGCUCCCCCGAGUGAGGAAUUUGAGGCCGGCAGCAUCACUUCUGUCUUCAGCAGCCGGGCGGUGGUGAAAUACAGUCGCCUGGAGGACGUGCUGCAUGGCUGCCCCUGGAAGGUCAACAACAAGCUGGAUGCGACGUACCUGCCGCUGCCCGUGGACAAGAUCAUCCAGCGGACGAAAAAGAUGAUCAACAAGAUCGUGCAGUACAGCCUGAUCGAUGGGAACUGCGAGCAUUUCGUCAACGACCUCAGAUACGGCGUGCCCAGGAGCCAGCAGGUGGAGCACGUGCUGAUGGAAGGUGCCAAGGCUGCAGGAGCGGUGAUUUCGGCCGUGGUGGACAGCAUGAGACCCAAACCAGCAACUGCCUGAAGGUGCCGAAAACUCCAGGCAGAGGAAGAGCGCCUGAUGUCGGCCAAGGGAAAGGGCCUCCUUUCCUCCCCUGCCUUCCUCUCUUAGUGGCCCCAUGUAAGACAACUGUGGGCUUCCUGAAGAAUCUAGAAUGUACCCAAUUACCCCUCCAGAAAUACAUCCAAUAUAUGUGCUCACAGACCCCUGGACUCUCAGGGUGGGAAGAACCUGGUAUUUAUUACACAUCUGUUAGGCACCAGGCCCUGAGGAAGGCACUUCACAUACUUC